CGCCGGGCCGAGGAGCGCGCCGAGGAGCUGCGGAACAAGAUUGUGGACCAGUGUGAGCGACUGCAGUUACAGAGUGCCGGCAUCACCAAGUAUGUGGCCGAGGUCCUGCCGGGGAAGAACCAGAGAGCAGUGAGCACAGCCAGCGCAGCACGGGAACUGGUCAUCCAGCGGCUAGGCCUGGUAAGGAGCCUGUGUGAGAGCGAGGAGCAGCGCUUGCUGGAGCAGGUGCAUGGCGAAGAGGAGCGGGCCCACCAGAGCAUCCUGACACAGCGAGUGCACUGGGCCGAUGCGCUGCAGAAGCUCGACGCCAUCCGCAGCAGCCUGGUGGACAUGCUCACCCAUCUGGAUGACCUCCAGCUGAUUCAGAAGGAGCAGGAGAUUUUUGAGAGGACCGAGGAAGCGGAGGGCAUUUUGGAUCCCCAGGAGUCAGAGAAGCUCAACUUUAAUGAGAAGUGCACUCUGAGCCCACUACUGACUCAACUCUGGGCGACAGCGGCUCUCGGGUCCCUCUCAGGCACAGAGGACGUGCGUAUUGACGAGAGGACUGUCAGCCCGUUGCUGCAACUGUCGGACGAUCGAAGGACCCUGAGUUUCAAUGCCAAGAAGUCCAAGGCCUGUGCAGAUGGCCUGGAGCGCUUCGACCACUGGCCCAACGCCCUGGCCACCACCUCCUUCCAGGCUGGGCUGCAUGCUUGGAUGGUGAACGUCCAGAACAGCUGUGCCUACAAGGUGGGCGUAGCUUUAGGCCAGCUGCCUCGAAAGGGUUCUGGCAGUAACUCUCGUCUGGGCCACAAUGCCUUCUCCUGGGUCUUCUCCCGCUAUGACCAAGAGUUCUGUUUCUCGCACGACGGGCAGCAUGAGCCACUGAGGCUGCUGCGUUGUCCGGCCCAGCUGGGCAUCCUGCUGGACUUGCAGGCACAGGAGCUGCUCUUCUACGAGCCAGCCUCGGGCACGGUGCUCCACACCCACCGCGCGGCCUUCCCUGGGCCCCUCUUCCCAGUCUUCGCAGUGGCCGACCAGACCAUUUCCAUCGUUCACUGACCUCUGGCCACGGGGAGGCCACGUCUACCUCCCCACCUCCCUUCCAGGCCACAUGUCUACCCAGUGUCCUUUUCCCAAAUGUUGCCUAUGCCCGAUGGGCAGCUUUGGGAGGAGUGGGGGUGUUUCAGACCCGGGCCUUCAUCUCCCAAACCCACCAGGCAUCUGCCCCUCUGAGGGUGUCUUGUCCACCACCUCAUCUCCAGCGUCCAGCAUGGUGCCUGGUGCAUAGUGAGUGUGCAAUAAAUAUCCGGCAAGUGAGAGGAUGGAUGGAUGGAUGCAUGGAUAGAUAGGUUGAUGGAUGGACAGGUGACUAGGUGCCUGUGGUAGACUCUUCUGGAGAAACACUGCCUUUCAGCCCCCUGCCCCCCAGCUUUGAGCAUGUAGAAACGAGGCUCUGGCAGAACAGCCUGUGGCUGCAGCUCUUUCAUCCUCUUAAUUCAGUGCUUCUCGAUCCUUCUCAUGACAAAGCACAAGGAGAAAAGAAUAUUUUUCUAGCACACAAGGACAAUCUGGAAGGGAUUCAGAACUCCUGCCAGGCUGCUCCUGGCCAGAGGACUCUGGCCUGGGGGGCUGUGUUCUUCCCCCAGUUUCUGCCUGGCCACUCGGAAGACCAAGGAGGUCCUAUCUCCAGGUAACCUGACUGCAACACACCCACCGGCAGCUCGGCCUCCGACUUGGCAGCUGAGCUGCAGCCGGUGCCCAUGCGACAACAAGGACAA